AUGAUAAAUAAAGCAAGGACACUAAAAAAUGUUCCAUAUUGUCAUAUUUGUCACCGGCAAAUCGGUGAUGUUUUGCCUACAAGUGAAUCAAGGGUUAUAAAAUAUAGGAAACAAGAUAAAGACUCUAACCUAAGAGAUGUAAUUUUAAACAAACCAGAAAAUACAUCUAAAGAAUUCAGGGUAAAUAAUGUGAAUAUACAGAUGAUUUCAAAAAAUUUAUACGAGCAACUAUUUAAAAGUCCAACACCUGAGAUUAAUCCUAGUGUAAUUAAGAGUGUUCAAGAUCAUCUUCAACAGCAUGGCAUAAAUUUUAAAGAGAACACUUAUAUGCCAGAUGUUGAGUUAAAGCUACCAAAAUUGGAAGGAAAGGAUAUUGUGGAACAUUUUUACUGUAUAGGCGAAAAGCAAAGUGCUCCAUAUAGGGAACUGUUAAAUUUAUUAUCAUCUAGUAAGCUACCACAAUUGCCAAAAAAAUGGCUAAAAAGACAAGGUUGGACAAAAUAUACAUUAAAAGGAUCAGAACCAGUCCCCUUUCCUCCCGAUAGUGCAUUAAUACUAGAUGUUGAAGUUUUAAUGACUGCUGGGAAACGACCUACGUUGGCUUGUGCAGUAUCACCUCAUGCUUGGUAUGGAUGGGUCAGUGAGCCUCUUUCUAAAGGGGAGACACAUCAGUAUUUUGACAAUGUAGAAUAUGAUAGUCUAAUACCACUAGAAACAGAUGGACAAAGUAAUGGAGAAGAUUUAGAAAAACCAAGAAUAGUUGUUGGACACAAUGUUUCUUAUGAUAGAAGUAAAAUUAAAGAGCAAUAUUGGUUAAAAAAGACAGGUGUUCGUUUCAUGGAUACAAUGUCAAUGCACACAUGUGUUAGUGGAGUAACAAGUUACCAAAGAACUGUUUUGAAGGCGAAAAAUAAGGAACCAGAUCCAACUGAUGAUGACUGGAUGGGGAUAAGCUCAUUAAAUAGCUUGAGUGAUGUACAUAACCUCUAUUGCGGGGUGCCAAUAGACAAGCAAACCCGUGAUGUGUUCGUCGAAGGCAAGCUAGAAGACGUUCAUCAGAACUUUCAAGAGCUAAUGAAGUACUGUGCGGGGGACGUCGUCGCCACGCACAAUGUACUGGAAAAGUUACUGCCUAUGUUCCUGGAGAGGUUCCCUCAUCCCGUGACUUUGGCUGGAAUGUUAGAGUUGGGUUCCGCGUACCUCCCCGUCAAUUCAAACUGGCAGCGAUAUAUAGAUUCAGCAGAAACAGUAUUCGAAGACCUAAAACUAGAGUCUCGUCAGAUACUAUCGUCGAAAGCGGAUGAAGCAUGUCGUAUGAUGGAGAAUAAAGCAUACAAAAACGACCUCUGGAUGUGGGAUCAAGACUGGUCUAUACAAAAACUCAAAUUAAAGAAAACUAUUUCAAAAAGUGACAUAAAUAAACCCAUGAAUACUGAAGUAGAAAUAAAAAAUAAAAAAAUCAACCCAAAAACAAAUAGUGUAAUCCUAAAUGAAGAAUAUAUAGAAAGUUUAGAGCACAGGGAUGAUAAAGAGAUAAAUAAUAUAAAAGAUUUAUAUAAAAAGUUUGCUUAUUUGUAUGAAUUGGGAAGGUCUUUGCCAGUGAAAAGGCCGUAUUUAGCCGGGUAUCCAGCGUGGUACAGGAAGCUGUGCACUAAGCCCGGGAAAGAUCCAGAGUGGACGCCCGGAGCUAAUAACAUUACUACCAGUAUGCAGAUAACUCCAAAGCUUCUACGCCUGUCAUGGGAAGGUUACCCCCUACAUUACAUCCAAUCCGAAGGAUGGGGUUUCCUGGUCCCAUACAGCAGGACGCGGGAAGAGUCGAACGAUGAACCACAAGUACCGUUAGAGAAGUUACUAGAAAAUUGCCCUUUGAUGACUCAUAAAGAGGAUUCUGUUCAAGCGGAUUUGAAUAUGUUGCCUAAAAGUGUGGAGGAAGAUUUAGGUCGAAGAGCCUAUUAUGCGAGGAAGAAACGGGAUGAACAAGCGGCCGCGAAUCAAUACCAUGGGCUUGGCGUGUGGUGCGGCGUUGAUAUACAAGGCUGUUGCCACUUCCUGCGCUUGCCGCACAAGGAUGGACCUAAAUAUAAAGUGGGAAAUCCCCUCGCUAAAGAUUUUUUGAACAUGUUCAGUCAAAACGUUCUAUCUGCCCAAGGAAAUGAAGCGGAAAAAGUGUUAUCAUUCGCACGCAUGAUGUCCUACUGGCGCAAUAACCGCGAGCGUGUGAUGGGGCAGACCGUGGUGUGGGUCCCAGGUUCGAGCCGGGUGGGUGCCAUAUUGCCGCAAGUUGUGGUCUGUGGCACUCUGACUAGACGGGCGUCAGAGCCGACGUGGAUGACGGCGAGCAACGCGCAGCGCGAGCGCGUGGGCUCGGAGCUGCGCGCGCUGGUGCAGGCGCCGCCCGCGCACUGCUUCGUGGGCGCCGACGUCGACUCCCAGGAGCUAUGGAUAGCGGCUCUGUUGGGGGACGGCGCGGGGGGUGUCGGGGGCGCGGGGGGCGUCGGGGGCGCGGGGGGUGUCGGGGGCGCGGGGGGCGUCGGGGGCGCGGGGGGUGUCGGGGGCGCGGGGGGUGUCGGGGGCGCGGGGGGCGUCGGGGGCGCGGGGGGUGUCGGGGGCGCGGGGGGCGCGGGGGGUGUCGGGGGCGCGGGGGGCGCGGGGGGCGUGUGCGGGGGCUCUGCGUUCGCGUGGGCGGUGCUGGCGGGCGACAAGGCGCGCGGCACCGACCUGCACGCGCUCACGGCGCGCGCCGCCGGCGUGCAGCGGGACCACGCAAAGGUCAUCAACUACGCCAGGAUAUAUGGAGCCGGUCAGAACUUCGCAGAGAGGUUACUGAAACAGUUCAACCCGACCAUGACUAUAUCUGAGGCCAAAAGUAAAGCCGCCAAAAUGUUCUCCACCACCAAAGGAAGAAGAGUUUACAGACUGAAGAAGAAAUACAUGGAGGGUUUUAUUGAUGAGGGGUUUGAUGACCAGCCACUAGAAAUGACGGGAUACCAAGCUCAAAGAUUAGCUAAGCUUAGUGGGAAGAAAUUGGAAGAAAUGUUUGAAAGGCCGCUGUGGGUCGGCGGUACGGAGUCGCAAAUGUUUAAUAAAUUAGAAGAAAUUGCUGACUCGGCUGCUCCUCGCACUGCUUUUCUAGAAGGGCGGUUAUCUCGUGCCCUGGAGCAGGCUCAAGGGCGAUGGGGCGGCACUCGCCUCAACUGGGCCGUGCAAAGUGCCGCCGCCGACUUCCUGCACCUCAUGCUGGCCUGCAUGGUCCAUCUGGCCCCACGAGCUAGAUUCUGUCUAAGUUUCCACGACGAAGUACGAUAUCUGGUUCCAGACGAAUACAAAUAUGAGACCGCAUUGGCUUUGCAAAUUACCAACUUAUUCACGCGAGCGUUUUGUUCACAAAGGGUUGGUAUCCACGAUCUGCCCAUGUCAGUAGCGUUUUUCACAUCAGUAGAAGUUGACCAAGUGCUGAGGAAGGAGGCGGACGCGUGCUGCACCACGCCCUCCAACCCACACGGCCUAGAAAAGGGCUACGGUAUACCCAACGGGGAGUCUCUCACCAUAUUUGAUGUUAUAGAAAAGUGUAAUAACAUUAAAACA